UUAAUCCAAAGAAAACUUGUCUUUGUUUACAAAGAAAGCCUCAAGAACAUUAUAAAAGUGAGAGUUUUUUUUCCCCUUAAAGAAUCAAACAAAGAGGGAUUCUUGCAAUGGGUUGUUUUCUUGCAUGUUUUGGUUCCUCCAAAACAGCAAGAAUCGAAAACAGAGACACAAGGUUUAACCUCAAUCUCAAAGAAAUGUUAGUCACAAUGCUCAAUCCACAGUUUCUUUAGAACAGAGCAGUUUGGGAAUGCCUAUCAAUUCCAUUAAAGAAGUCCGAGAUGAUAAGGCAGAGGAGCAGCUUGGUUCCGGUUCUAGUGCUAGAAAGGAAGUAACUUUCGAUACUAAUCUUAACACCUACGAACAUGUUUUGAUUGAUGAAAGUACUGAUUUUGAAUUGCAUAAUGAAGAAGGGGAAAAUAAAUUGAAGGCGAAAGAGGAGAAUUUUGGUAAACCAAGGGUCAUUCGAGGAGGUAGGGAUGGUGAUGUUGUUCCCGUGUUGAAGCCUUUUGAAAAUCUUGAUCAAUGGAAAGCUGUGAAAUCCAAAGGGCCAACACCAUUGAAGCUGCAAAAGGAGAAUCUCAGGUUGGAACAAGAAGAGCUCCAGCUUUGGGGUAGCUUGGACCGGUCAUUCAGUUUCAAUGAAGAAACCUCCAUCGUGGCAGUCAACUCAGUCAACCUCAGUCCAUGUUAGCACUUGACGCUUCAGGUAUUUUUUUUUCACGGCCGUUAACGUUUGAGUGACCUGUUUAUAACUAAUCGAUAAUGUUAAUAAUUGAUUUGUAACUUUUGAAAUAGCAGUAGGGAAAACAAAAGUUACCCUAAACAUUAGUGACUAAUUGUGUAGUUUACCCUUAAAUUUAUGGUGGAGGAAAUGCCAAUGGUGGGGAAUGUUAUGAAAAGGAAUUAAUAAAACUUUUAAAG